AUGAUAAAACUUAAUGAUUUUAAUUACAACGGACUCUUUCGAUCACUAUUAAGAGAGGGACCACAGGAAAACUUUGCUAUAGUAAUUGUUAAGAAUAGUCAAGAAGAGCGUAAGGAUGAGGAAUCAGGCAAUCAUGAGGUCUUAGAAGACAAAAAAUAUCCAAAAGAAAGUCUUAGAAACACUUCGGAAUCUUCAGACUCCGAACCUCCUAACGAGCCGACGACAUACAAACUCAGUGACAGCAUAUCCAUAAAAAGAGCACGAAAGAAAUGCGUCUACGCAUGUCGUAGCGCCUACAGACACGUGUGCAGGAUAUUCAGAUGGGAAUGCUCAAGGAAGAUGCGCAGAUACUUCCGAGAGGAAUGUUAUGACGAGUGUGAAAUAAGGUUUUAA